UUUUGACAACCACUUUGACAAGCAAAAAAGUCAGCUUUCCUUUAUUUUCGUGAAAAAGACGAUUUUCCCUGCAAAAUAGUGAAUUUUCCGCUUUUCACGCAAUGUAAAUCGGUGCUUUGGCACUUGUGGAGUGUUUUUCCAGUAUUAUUUUGCAUGUAACGUACAUUUGUGAGGCUAAAAUUACAUGUGAUAUGGUGUGAGUGACAACUUUCGUGUUUUGUGCAAUUUCCUGGAAAACUUCCUGGAAGAAUGGGGAUUUUGGAAGCGGAAACGUACGGAAACUACUUCUAUGAGAUUUUCAUCAGCAAUUUUGUAAAGAAAACUUCGUCGGAAAAGGCAUUUCGUGCUCGUGGUAGGGGAGCUGUGGGUGAGAAGAAGGAUGGUGCGGGACGUCAUGUUGUCCCGGGAUCACUGCUCAGCACGUACCGGAUGGAAUUGGAGCCGAAUUCCUCCAAAUUCGCCGUUUUCUCUCUCAUCCGGGCGGCUGUGCUGGAAGUGGAGGCAAAGUAUGCCCUCAUCUAUGGGGGUUUCCCAAGAAAAGUCCUGGGAAAGCCACCGUGCUGUGUCCACUGCUCGAUGCUCUCUGAUAACGACAGUGAUGACAGUGAUGAAUCCGAGGAGACAACUCAGAGGGAGAUUGUUCAGAAAGUUCCCCAAAUUGUGGGUGCAGGACUCAAGUCUCUCUUUGAAUUAAUCGCCGAGGCUCGAAAUAUCCAUCCACGUCUCUGCACGAGAGCCCUCAAAGCUCUUUUGGACAUAAUCCAGGGACAGAAUCCGGAGAGUUUCAAAUCCGAGCCCGGAGAGAUGAUUAAUCAGCUCUUUGAUCUCCUCCUGGACCUGGCAACGCUCUACGAGAGCUCCUCAAUGGGAGAUCAGUGUGACGUCAACAAUUGGUCAGCAAUUGGAUGUUCAGCCCUGCUGGGGCUCUGUGUGGCACGUGGAGAUACUGGGAAGAUUCUUAGAGCCGUCACAGCGAUGUUAAUGUCCCCAGCUCAGCUUUCAUCGCAGUACAUCGCCUUCCCGCUUGUUCUGAACACCCUGCAGAGGAGUGUCAUCGCUGUGGCUCUCAAUCGCCCCACAAAACCGGACUUCCUGCGCAACGGGAUCCCAAAGAAUUGUCUCCUGGAUCAAUUUUCACUGGCAAAUCAACUUCCUGCCACGUAUGCGUUCAACCUGCAGCCGUCCAUUGCGUCCGAUGGGAGAUUCAUCUACAUCCUCAUGGGGAGGAGUCUCCUGAAGAUUGGAACGGGUUUCAAUGGGACCCUCAAGGGGUACCUGUAUGCGGUGAAUAAUGAAUUCGGGAAGGAGACAAAUGGAUGGAUUGGCUAUGCCAAGAACACCCUCUACUACCGUCGCCUCUCAAAGCGAAACUUUGACAACGUUCUCAUCGUGGACACGGAGAAGUUGGCCGUUGUGGAGUCAGUGCACCUCAAUGUAGGCCAGGGGAAGGACAUUCAGAGUAUCCUCUUCUCAGACGGAGAGUCCCUCAGUGUUUUGUGCACGACAAAAGACGAUAGUCUCGUUGUGAAGCAAAUUCUCCCACCAGUUGUGGGGACAGUCUUCGAUUUACCCCUCAAACUAGCCCGCAAAACCUUCCGGACACUCGGCUAUGCCGCCUUUGAGGAUGAAGUUCUCAAUCAGAAUCAAAUUCAGAAAAUUCAAUCGUCCUACAACCCCUUUGAACCGAAGCUAAUGAAUGACGUGGAGAUCUUGAGUAUUUGCUGUGGGAAAGAAUUCGGGCUGGUGCGUACGCCAACUGGGAAGGUCUACUACUACGGCAAGGCAGCAUCGUUGGGGCUGAAGAGUGUCGGAAAGAGCCCAACACUGCGCCUAACAGAGCUAAUCGUUUCAAAGAGCGAGAAUAUCGUUCACAUUGCAAUUGGGCACGAUGGAGUCCAUGCGAUUCUCGUGACAGACGAGGGAAUUGUCUACUUUACGGGUACAGCCAGGAGGGGAGAAGAUGGUGAUUCCUCCAAGAAUCGCCGACAACCCAAAGCAGUGAAGCCCAAGAAGAUUGGAAAGGUGGAGGUGGCCAGUGUUGUCUAUGCAUCCUGCAACAACGGAACUUCAGGCUUCGUCACUAAAAACGGAAAACUGGUGAUGUAUGGCAAGGACACAGCGCACUGUGACUCUGCGGGCUUUGUAACAGCCCUCGGUGAUCAGCACAUUGUGAAGGUAUCCCUGGGCAAGGCGCACUGUGCUGUUCUCAAUUCCAAAGGGCAACUCUUUACGUUCGGACUGAACAAUAAAGGUCAGUGUGGGAGGGUUUUUGUGAAGGAGAAAGAAACAUCCCUGAUGGAGACGUCUGAGGCGAAAAGUCUGGAAAUUUCCGGCGGCGCAAAGUCCGAAUUGACACCUAUUUGUGAUCCCGAUGAUCACACCUUGACUCUCGGGCAGUGCCGUGUUUGCUCCAUCUGCCGCGAGUGCACGGGCUACAAUACUUCGUGUGUUGUGAUGCAGAGAAUCCCGCUGGAGCAGAGAGUUCCGGGAGCUGAUUGUGACUGUGGUCAUGGAUGUGCGGGGUGUUCCAAGUGUGCUGCAUGCAAUGGGUGUAUCAAUCAGCAGGAAGGGGAGAGUACUUCGGAGAGUGCCUGUGCGCAGAGGGAUGCCCUUCCGUCGGCUAAUAGGGUACGCUACAGAGGUCCAGUUUUGCGGAAGAAGGAAAAGAAGCAUGCGGAUGAGGCUAAUAUUGGAUCAGAUGCUGAGAGGGAUCAACCACGUGUGGCCCCACUUCCACCUGCUCGUGUUACGCUCCCCUCGACGAGUCCUGUCGUCCAAAUCUCCUGUGGAUUGCAUCACACGGUGGCAUUGACGAUGAUUGGGGAGGUUUUUACAUUUGGAAGCAAUCAGUAUGGGCAGUUGGGGACGGGAGAUUUGCAACCUGUUGCGGGCCCGACGCAGGUGAAGGUUUCUGGGACAGUUACCCUCGUUGCAGCUGGUGCCAAUCAUACGGUUCUCAUGACGCACAAGGGUGUUGUUUAUACCUUUGGGAACUACCAGAAGGGACAACUGGGGAGAUUUCCGAAUGAAUUUCAUCAGAAGGAUGAUCAGGCAAAGUAUGAGGCAAAGAAUGAGCAACAGAGUGCAACGGAAAUGCUGCAGCAACGUCAAAAAUUCCUUUGGAACUGCAUUCCGGGGCCUGUGAUGGGGGUUGGACCGAAUUAUGGGAAACGCGCCACGUGGAUUAGUGCCAGUGGGGAUCAGACAUUCAUAAAGAUCGAUGAGAGCUUAGUUACGGGAUCGAUGCUGUCAAAAUUGAAUAUUGUUGCGGAUAAGAAUACAAUGCUACUCAUCCCAAAUGUCCCUCUAUCCUUUGACUGCUUGACGAUCAAUAGGCAGGAUGGGACGUGCUCGACGCAUUGUAAGAAUCAAAUGGACUUUACGAAGAUCAUUCAAUCGCAUCAGGCAACAAUUGAGCAGAUGGCAUCGGAUAAAUGCAAUCAAAACACCGAAGUCCCGAAAGAUGCAACAAAACAAAUGUCCCAGAGUAUUCAUGAGGCGCGCAAUCAGCUGUUUGACUUCCAGGAUUGCCUCCAGGGGGGGAAGAGUGGGAAGAACAGUCACAAAUCCCAGGAGAUUCAGCCACAGUUGGCUUUCACAUUGGAACCAAACUAUGGGAAUCUCUGGGCUUUUGAUGCAAUUGCAAAGCGAAUGUACUGCUACAAUGCAAUUGCCAGUGAUCUCGUUAAUACAUCUGGGGAAUGUAGUUCAGAUCUCAGAGCUGUUCUCUCCUCUCACUUGGCACUGCCGUCUAAGCUUGAUGUUCCCAUUACGCGGAGUCAGGCUUCGUUGAAUUUACUUGCCUGCCUGGAUAUUCUUACUUCCUCUGCGGAUAACAUUCCGCAGUGCUUUGAGAAUCUCGUUGAACAAUCGAUGAAUGCAGCAAAGGAGGCUUCCGGGACGGAUUUCCUGUCUGUUGUGAGAUUUGAGAACUACGGCGGUGGUUGGGGCUACUCGGGGCACAGUGUGGAGGCCAUACGUUUCAUGGCGGACACGGAUGUUCUCAUUGGGGGCUUUGGGAUCUUUGGGGGACGCGGGGAGUACACGUGCAAGCUGAAAUUGUACGACCUUGGACCCGAAGGUGGUGGCUAUGAGAAGGACGGUGUGCUGGUUGCUGAAACAGAAGAAACUCCCUUUGAAUGCCCCGCAAGGAGUCGCUACAAUGUUAUCCUGCCCAAACCCGUGACAGCUUCCGCGGGGAAUUGGUUUCUGGUGUGGAGUAGAAUCUCUGGUCCAUCGUCAGAUUGUGGUUCAUGUGGGCAGGCUUCGGUGACGACAGAUGAUCAAGUUGUCUUCACUUUCAAGUCCUCAAAGAAGGCAAACAAUGGGACGGAUGUGAAUUCCGGACAGAUCCCCUCAAUUCUCUACAGGGUGAUCAAUAGGGAAUCAAAGCAAAUCUCUGAUAAUUUGGACACGGAGCCCAUUCACAAGAUUUCCAAGAUGUUUGCCAAUUCCGUCACGAAGGAAUGCUUCGAUAGUCUCGUUUCCCUUCUCAGUUGGGCAUGGGGAACGUUCAAAAUGUCUCUUGGAGAGCUGAAGGAUCGUCGACGAUACCUCCACAUUCACUCAUGCCUGGAGAGAUUGGUCUACGUCAAUAAGUCCUGCCUUCGCUUACUCAGGAAGUACACGAAUGAAGUCUAUCCUGUGGUGAUUGUGGAGAAGACGGAGAAGAAGACAAAAUUCUGGGGUGAUCCCAAAGAUCCGGAGAAAAGGAAGUCUUCCAGCCUCACAGUUAACAAGGGCGCCUCAACGUCCAAGAUGACGGCAUCAGGGAAGAUUUUUGGCUUGUCAGGAAACGCAGCUGAGACCACCUCAACGCCAACUGCAGCAAAGAAGGCAAAUUCAGAGAAUCUCCUCCUGGCUGAAUGCAUUGGAGAAGUUCGUGCGCUACUCAUGCAAAUUCUCUGCGAUGACAUUCAAAUGGAUGCCGAGAGUGAAGCUGCGGAAAUGCUGACAAAUAUCCUCGAUGAGUGCCAUGUGACCUUUGUCAGUUGCUUCAAUGCCUUCUACCCAACGUCCACACUCAAGUGGAAUUGCCUGUGCGAUCAGCUGGCACAGAUGGACAGAGGAAUCCUCCAUUCACGCCUCCUCAGUGCCAUCCUGGCGGGACUCUGUAGCCCCAAUGUGCAGCUACGGAAGACUUUCUCCCUCCUCACGCCGACACGCGAGAGGAUCUCACUCGUCAGUCCCAGCGACAAUUCCGGACUGCCCAUGCUGACAUCCAUGGAGAAUCAUUCCUACCCCGUGCUGGUGGAGCAAAUGAUCUACCGCACGCAGCAGGAGAAGAGUGACUUUCACGUAAAUACGUGGACAUUCAAGGAUGUCCUCAUGAAGCUCCUCAAUAUCAUCUCAAAACCCAUCAGGUCAAAGAUUGAGAAUAUCUAUCACAGUCGCUGUGGGAACUUCCUCAACAUUGACGUGGGCAGGACAACAAAUCAGGGACUCAUUGAUAAUUGCUGUCAUCUCCUUGCCAGAGUCCUUGCUGAGAUUGUCUAUGAGAGCUGCACGUUCGAUCAGUUCGAUGUGGCUCUGCUGCCAUCAAAGAGUCUCCAGUCGACGGGAUGUCGAUACACGCGAACAGAUUCAAGUCGUACGUGGAAUACGGGAAAUUUUGGCCCAGAUGCAAUUGCCUUCUCUGUGGACAAGGCGGGAAUAGCGAUUGCCGGAGCGGUCAUCUACUCCGGAUCGGGGAGCUAUGAGUACCAAUUGGAGCUCCUGCAUGACACAAUGGACUCCAAAUUGCAAUUCCAGAAUCGCUGGGAAACGCUUGAAUCAACUUCGGGGACAUAUGAUCAGGAAGUUGUGCAGAAUGAUAUGGUUGAGUUGAAAUUCGAUCGUCCGGUGCAGAUUAAGGAACACGGACGGUAUGCCAUUAGGCUGUGCUCUCAGGGAGCUCGUACGUGUUCCGGAGAUGCUGGUGUGACAUCCAUUAGGGGCCCAUGUGGGGCAACAUUCACCUUCUUUCCGUGCGAUUUAAGUUUCAACGGGACAACCCCAAUUAGGGGUCAAAUCCCCUGCUUGCUGUACUACAGCUCUCCACUACGCAAUGAGAAUCACACGGGAAAGAUUAUAAAUGAGAUGCAUGCACGCGAUACAGUGUUGCAGAUUGCAUCGGAUAUUACGAAGAAGUGCGCAGAGUUGCUGAUCCUGGCUAGGAAUACAGCAGCCAUGACAAUUUCUCCGAGUGAGAAGAGCCCGAAUUCGUCAAAUAAUACUCAAACAAUUGAUUCAGAGCACAAUAUUACGCCAAUUGAGGAGCACAUGGACAUUGCGUGGAGCAAUAAUUCCUAUCAUAACACCUCGACGAGUUUCUCCGAGAGCAAUAUGUCCACAGCGAGGGAUUUAACGAAGAAAAUUGAAUCCUUCUCAAAAGGGAUCAUUGAGACGCUGAAAUUUGAGAAACGCGCCACGAAUCCGUUUGAUUUUGAAAUUGAAAUUGGCGCCACGGAGAUUAAUCCGAAGGAUUUAAUGGAGGAGAAUGAUAUAAAUGACAGGAAUGUGCGGAAUGGGAAGUUUGCCAAGAUGAAUGGGAAUAAUAGGAUCAUUGGGAAUGAUGAUGACAUUCGGAAUUAUUUGAAUGAGGUCGCAGGAAGUGCUGGAGAGGACGACGGGUUCUCACAGAUGAGUACGUUGGGGAUUCUGGAGUUGUUUGGCCUACGUGACGCCAGUAUGUUCCACACUCUCCUACCGCUGGUGUUUGCCCACAUUGGACCCCUUGUGAAUACAGAUCCACGAAGUUGUGUGCAAAUUCUCAGCUUAAUUCGGGAUAUUCUGCCACAUGUGGCAGCACUCAAUCAGCUGCAUUUUGCAAAGGAUGCCGAAGAGCAGAAUGGGGAGAAUGUGGAUGUACGCAAUAGGAAUCAGGAGAGUCUCGAGGGCCCCUUGGUGGAUUUGUGCACCACCAGUAAGCACUAUUGCACCGUUGAGAGUGAUCAUCCGUACAAGAGUGCCAUGAUAAGUUGCUACAAAGUUGAAUUCCCUCCCACAGUUCAAUGGUUCUCAAUUGAAUUUGAUCCACAAAGUGGAACAGCCCAGCCCGAGGAUGCCCUUCUGCUGUGCAUCCCCAAAUUCCGUCUUCCAGCCUCACGCCCGCGGACGGCCCAUCAAUGCGAGGAGAGUAUGAACAGCAAGAAGAGUGUUGAUGUCAUCACGAGCUAUUCGUCCGUAAAUGACGACAAUGCAUGGAAUAUCCUCAAUCCACGAUCCCCGGACGAUGAGAAUUGGAUUGUCGUGAAGAAAUUCAACACGCCAUCGCAGUGGAAUCAAAAUUCAAUAAUUCUUCCGGGAAAUUGUCUGCAACUCUCAUUGGAGACUGCUACGAAUUAUUUGCACGAUCAACAAGCAAAUCGGUAUGGAUUUAAAUGCCAAAUUGUUGGCUAUGAGAAUCCAUCAAUGGAAAAAUUCCCCAAUUCGUGUUUAAUUCGUUUGGAGCAUGAAUUGGCGUAUUUGGGUGGGAUGUGUAGUGCGAAUUUAAUGAAGAAGGAUCUCGUCCUGCCGGGCGAUAAGUGUGAAGAUCUCUCACCAAUAAGUGAGAUGCUGAAGAAUCAUGCAGGACUCCUUGGGAAGGGAUUUGCCCUGCCGGAUUCAAUGUUGACCAUCAAUCAAGCACUGGAUUCGCAUCUGCCAAUUGGAAGUCAUUCCAAUGAACGACAAUUCCUCAAGGAUUUCGUAACAUGCGCUCCGGGAUCGUCGGGAGCACGAUUGGCAGCCUGGCUACAGCCAGAGCCGCGUUUGGAUACAAAUAAAUGCGAAUUGAAGUCAAUAAUUGAGCCAAUUCACUACGGAUGGCCAACACAGUUGACUAUCGUGACACGCGAUCAGUAUGGAGAUCUUGUUCUCGUGGCUGAUUUGAGAGUUGAAAUUACGGCAAUUCCCGUGGAGGCAACUGGCCAUGGGAGUAGGAAGAUGCGAAGGAUGUCCUUCCUGACGUCCAAUGAUCUAGCACCACCACCAAAGAUUCCCUAUGAACCAACAAUGAAGGACAGGAUGUGCUACAAGGCGAUUACCUUCAUGAAGGCAUAUGAGGAGUAUUCGUUCGAAGAGCUGCGAUUUGUGAAUCCCAUCCAAACGCGCAUCGUUGAAACACUCACGGCAAAGAAUAUGGAAGAUGGAACGUUUGCCGUGGCCUGGACACCAAAUUCAGUGGGAAAUUUCUGUCUUACCGUGACCAUUGAUGGCAUUCCGCUGGAGAACAUUACACGCGUGGAAGUUAAGGAGGCAGGAAUCCCACCACCACCGUCCAAUAUUAAGAGAGUCGAACCACCGAAUAAGCUUCGAAGGUUCCGAACAAAGAAUUCAGCUGGACUCCGUAUUCGAGCACAUCCAACGCUGCAAUCUGAGCAGGUGGGAAUCAUAAAGAUGGAUGGGAUAAUCUCGUAUAUUGAUGAAGUUGAGAAUGACGAUGGGGUUUGGGUGAGACUCAGCACUGAAUCCAUUCGUCAGCACUGCACCAAUGCGUGGUACCCAACGGAAGCGUGGUGCUUGCAGUACAAUCAGCACAUUGGGAAGAUGCUGCUGCAUCCAGUGGUGGAGACAACGGUGACCAAGUGUGUCCUGGAGAGGAUCCGGAAGAACAGCACGACAGAUUCGGAAUCAUUUGAUCCUGAAACACUCGUUGAGCCCCAACCGAAACACAAAAUAAGCUCACCGAGUAAGAAAGGAUUUGACUUCUUCAGCUCAAAUAAAUUCACUCCACCCCUCACGAGUGAUCUCCCUCCAGCGGGUGGGAGUCCUUUUGUAUUCCAAUCAAAAGGCAGCAGAGGAAGUCUCGAGAGGCAGCCAAAGGGCGAAGCUGCUGGAUCCUUCUCAGGGGAUGCAAAACGUGCAGAUUGCGAAGCUUCCUCGUCCAGAGAUGAUUCCCCGCGUGUUGGAAAUCUCUCACAGAGUCCCAAUCAGAGCACAAAUCUCGGGUCGACAAUUGCAGGAGUUGUGGGUGGUGGGGCGAGUAAACUACAAGCUUUGAGUAAAUGGUUCAAGGGGGAUAGUGUGGAGUGUAAGGAUUUUGCCAGGAGAAAAUCGGAUUUUCAUGAAUUUGCUUCGGUUUCCGUGCGUGACAUUGUCAAGGCAAUUGGGGGGCAGGAUUCCACGAAGAGCAAUGGGAAUGGAGUUACCCCACCGUGUGGUAGUCGCUCAUCGAGUCCUGUGGCCAUACCGCAGCAGAAACAUCCUGAUCCUGGGAGACUUCAGAGUGCUGAGGACUUCUCAAGUGCCAGCCCAGAUGAGACUGUUGGGAAGUUUGCUGAUGGUUCGGAUUAUUCACUCGGUGCUGGAAAUUUCGCAAUAGGCACCAAUUGCCCUGCCAAUCCGGAGGGAUCAUCCCCAAAGAGGAGUCCUCGGAAAUCCCGAGGAAGGAAGCUUUCGCCCGGAAUUCAACAACUCAAUGUAACCGAUAGAGAGGGUUCAAUCAAUCAGACACCUCCGGGGAAUGAUAAAUCCAUCUGUUCGGGAGAUGGGACUGAAACGGAUUUUCCCACAAGGAGUACAGUACCGAAGAAAGCUCUCCCACCGGCACUGGCUGAGAGUCUUCGGGCUGUUUUUGCGGCAUUUCUCUGGCAUGAGGGAAUUGUUCACGAUGCCAUGGCAUGUGCGUCAUUCCUCAAAUUUCAUCCAACACUCUCGAAGCAGGGAGCUGUUGUGGUGACGCGUGGUGAGGCAAAAGAUUCCUCAUUGACAAAGGAGCAAAAGGCACAGCAGAGGCAUUCCGUUGAGGUGGCCAAUGCAGGAAAUUAUCUAAAUAUUCGCCCAUCUACAUUGGAAGCUUUGGCAAAAUCGGGAAAUUCUUCUGUGCACAAUCGUCGUCGUGGGGACAAGUGCAAACUCCAUGCACUUCCGGAGAUUGUAACAGUCCUCCCACCAGCACUACGAUGCCUUGUCUACCUGUGGGAACAGCUCUGCCUCAAUUGUGUCCAACUCGUGCAGAGUAAUGCCCUGGCAACGUUCACGGAUCAACCGGCCAAGGAGAGUCCACCAAAUCGCUCCACAAGGGAUGUUUUUGGGGAAUUUAACUGCGAAACACGCAAAGGGCGGAAGAAGAAGAAGGAUGAGGGUAGCUACUGCGAAAUGUGUGAGAUCUUCCUACCAAUCCCAGUCACCUACCACAUGCGCAUCGUCCACCCGGGUUGUGGGAAGUCCGCCAAUGGGAAGGGCUACAACUCUGUGGGGACUUACUGCAAGGGAUGGGCUGGAAAUUGUGGGGAUGGCGGGAAGGGUGCCACCAGCUGGUAUUUGCUGUGUGAGAAAUGUCGCGAUAAGAAUCUCCCGGGGCAGAAGAAUAUCAAUUUGAAUUGCUCACCACAGGCUGCGGGGGAUAAAAUUGAGAGUUUAUUUGGCCUCAAAACGUCUCUCAUUGUUAAUUCGGAUAUUUACACAAUGAUGAAGGAGAAUGCGCUAUUUUUGCUUGAACUCUCAUCCAAUGGCAUCGGCAGUGUGACGGCAGAUCAAAAGAGAUCACCACAGCAAAUACCAAUAAUGACGGAGGAUCAGGUCAAUCAAUUGACCAGCGAUAUGCAUAAGCCGAGUACAAGUCGUGGGGAUGCGGGGCGUGAGAGUUUGAAUCAGAAAAUGCUGAAUAGGCUCAGUGGCAUUAGGAUAUCACCUAAAGAUGGGAGGGCUGUUGCGAGUCAAUCACGCGGUGGUCAUGGAAUGCCUGGAUGCCUCUCGCCGGAACUUCUUUGGCCAGCUCCGGAGAUGUUUUCGUGCCUUGAAUCUCUGGGGGCUUCUCUAACGGAGGAAAUUCUCUACAAUAUGUUUGAGUACAAUUCCGGGGAUAAUGGAUUCGAUAGGCCUCUGUCGGAGAUGUCAUUUGAUUCAAUCGACCAGACGGGAACUGAUAUUCUUGGGCAGUUGAACACGUCGUCCAAUUUGAAGUUCCACCGAAGCUACUCAAUGGGUCAGGGAUGGAAUGGGCAGUCACGCAACUACAGCAAAUUCUAUGGCGGGGGUCAAAAUCAAGAGGCGUCCAGCAAUCAAAUUGAUUCGGGAUCGCGUGUUGUACUGCGUCGACGGAAUAAUUCAACAUGUGACAGUGAUGCUGGAUCACUUUUGCUUUGCUAUCCGUCGAAUAAUUUGCGGAAGCUCGUGCCUGAUGAGUUCAUUGGGGCGUCGUGUGUGGUGCAAUCAGCUGCGGCGCCUCCGCAGACUGUUGAUGAGCUCGAAGGGAACACCAAUGUCAAUGCUGAGCAGGCGGGAAUGCCAUCAUGUAGUGGGAAGAAGAAAGAUGGUGGUGUGGCAGCCUGCCUCAUGUCCAGGCCCGUCAUGGCAUUCAUUCUCAAGCAGCACGAUUUGACAAAGUUGCGAUUUGCAAUGAAGAGAAGUUUGAGAGUGGCAACGUGCAGAAUUUACUCCCUCCAAGCACUAAAUUGGCUAAUGAGAACAGUGACACAGACAAUUUGUCUGCAUGACCUCAUGUGGUGGUUCGUAACAUCCCUGACUCCUGUCUCUGAGGAGCGUGUUGAGCCUGAUGGGGAAAUUGCCCUUGAGCAUCCCGUUUCCACGACACAGCUAAGUGGUCAUGUCUCUUCGGUGCUCACGCAGAGUCUUCAUGCUUUCCUCCAGACUGUAGCUGACUUGACACUCCUCCUACCGGCUGGAUCAUCCCUCCAACGAACGGCAAUUCAGUGCUUUGGUAUUCGCUUCCGACAGGCUGAUCAUCAAUUUCUCCAUCGAUCGCGUGUCUUUGGGAAUAUCUCGAAGAUUCUCUCGCGAUCUGAUGAGCAAAAUGAGAAUAUGGUUCUGUCCUCAACGGCUGCCCUUCAGGAGUCAAAUUACAAUGCCCAGAAUUCCGGAACGAGGAUCUCCACAUUGAUGGAUCUUCAGGGAAUGUUUGAAUUGACCGUGUCCUCCCGGCAAGCAAUGGCAGGAGCACUCUUGGACAAUUCUACGGAGACAUUCUGGGAGAGUGACGAAGAGGAUCGAAAUAAAUCCAAAAUCAUUGAUAUUUCAAUGAAUAAACUCAACUUUGUUUGUCGCCAGAUUUUUGUUCACAUUGACAAUAGCCGGGAUAUUGGGAAUAAAGUGCAGAACAUUAUGUUCUAUGCUGGACAAUCCCUCGGGGAUACGAGUCUUCUCAAGAGUGUAGACAUUGAGGGUGUAGCUAAUCAGGGAGCUUGGAUUUCGGCCACAGUUCGCGAUGAGUCCUCAACGCAUUUCCGUUUAGUUCUAAGUGGGCAGGAUCCAACGCUACGGGUCAGGAGUAUUCGUCUCAUGGGGUACCCCCUGAUGGAGGAUAGGCUGAUGGCAUUGAAGCAUAAUUUGAAGCUGACAAAUUCCCAGCAGAUUCAGCAUAGAAAUUGCGAAGCUGAAACACUGCGGGUGUUCCGUUUAAUCACAGCUCAGGUGUUUGGGAAGUUGAUCUUGGGUGAGCAGCAGCAACAGCAGCAGGAGUAUCCAUCAGAGAAUUAUGCAACAGUUGCCAUGGAAUCCAGUGGGGCGAGUCUUCAGGCGGACUCGUUGGAUAUGCGUGAGCACAUGGUGGGAAUCCUCUUUAGUCGCAGCAAACUCUCACAUUUGCAGAAGCAGGUGAUUGUCCACAUUGUUCAUGCCAUCCGGAAGGAGGCUCAGCGUUCCAAGGAGGAAUGGGAAGCUCUCAAUGCGGUGGCGCAGAUUGAUGGGAAAAGCGAUGUGAGCAGUGAGAAUUCUCGUCCACCGGAUACUUACUGCUUUGAGAUGCUGAGUAUGGUUUUGGCGCUCUCAGGAAGCACAGUGGGACGCUCCUAUCUCUCCCACCAGUAUGGGCUUCUCAAGGAUCUUCUAACACUCCUCCACACAGGGAGUGAUCGUGUUCAGCGUCAAGUAACCGCCCUCCUACGCCGAAUGCUUCCGGAAAUCUCCCCGGACAGCCUUGGGGAUUUGCUGGGUAUCACCAAAAUGCCCCCAACGGACUUUAGUAUUGUCAAUCAGAGUGGUGGGGACUUUGAUAUGAAGCGCUUGGGGAUAAUUGACAUCUUCCUGGCUGUUGUGGCGAAAUCUCUGCAGCUUCAGGUGAAAAUUAAGAGCACAACAGUGACAAAUGGUGCUCCAGGAGCUGCGAAAAAUCCUCCAGUUGUGAAGCUAUCGCAUUGCAUUGAUUUUAACAUUCACAACCUCAAAGGGUCGCUGGAGAAGCGUGAGGAGUUUAUUGAUUUGGGUGAUAGUAGUUGGGAAGAGGGUGAACAGUCGGCCAUUGAGGAGGUGCACGAACUCGAGGAAGAUAGUCAGAGGUACGAUGUGAGACGUCGUCCCAGGGAUGAUGUGAGGAAUGUGAAUCAGAGAUGGUUCCUCAAGGGAACAAUUUCCGUGAAGCAAGCUGAGAAUAUUAUUAAUCUCAUCCGGGAUAUGGCGAGUGGAAAACUCACAGAGAAAUGGUCUCUGGUUACAAAGGCAGCAAUUGCAGAGUCAAUUCUCAAUUUAACUCGUCUCGAUGAGGUGUUCAGAUCCCCAGAGAUUUGUAUCAAGACAGCAACGCUCUGGCUUGCUUUGGCAAGUCUCUGUGUUCUGGAUACGGAUCACGUAGAGCGGCUAUCGUCGGGGCAGUGGUCAAAGCCAUCUGAGAGUAGGCCGUUGUGCUCCAAUCACGAUGAUGGGGUAACACCGGCGGUGAUUCAAUGCGACGCCUGUGGGAGUCUAUGCUGCGAUUGCGAUAGAUUCCUCCAUCUCAAUCGACGCACACGUUCGCACCAUCGGACUGUGUGCAAGGAGGAGGAGGAAGCAAUUCGCGUUGAGUUGCAUGAAAGCUGUGGCAGGACGAAGCUCUUCUGGCUUCUCGCUCUGGCUGACUACAAGACACUCAAAGCAAUGGUUGAGUUUCGCGAUGGCAGCAAUACGAUCAUCUCCGGGCCUCCGGGAAGCGUUGGAAGGUGCCGCUUUUGUGGGGCAACGGGGAAUUCAGGGCUCCUUGCGGUUGGGAAUGUGUGUGCAGAUGCUCAGUGUCAGGAAUAUGCGGCUGUUGCAUGUGCAAAAGUCCGUCCCUGUGGGCAUCCAUGUGGCGGUGUGGCGGGUGAAGCGAAAUGCCUGCCGUGUCUUCAGCAUCUCUGUGCUGCGCGUGAAAAUGAACAGGCUGAGUCCACGCGAGAGCCACGACUCACCCAGGAUGCCGAUGAUAUGUGCAUGAUUUGCUUCACGGAAGCUCUGAGCUAUGCUCCGGCAAUUCAGCUGGAUUGUGGGCAUGUUUUCCACUUUCACUGCUGCAAAGCCGUCCUAACGCGUCGCUGGACAGGACCGAGGAUUAGUUUUGGCUUCUCUCAGUGUCCCAUUUGCAAGGGAGACAUCCAACAUACGCUUCUGGCGGAAAUUCUUGAGCCAAUCAAUGUCCUGAAGGACGAUGUGAAGCGAAAGGCAAUUAUGCGGUUGGAAUAUGAGGGGAUUGAGAGUUUGUCAGCAGAACGUGAUCUCACCACCUACGCCAUGGAUCGUUAUGCUUACUACGUGUGCUACAAAUGCCAAAAGGCUUACUAUGGUGGUGAAGCACGAUGUGAUGCAGAGAUUGGGGACAAUUUUGAUCCACAGGAGCUGGUUUGUGGGGGAUGCAGUGAUGUGGCAAGGGCGCAGAUGUGCCCCAAACACGGAACAGAUUUUCUGGAGUACAAAUGCCGCUACUGCUGCUCCGUGGCGGUGUUCUUCUGCUUCGGCACAACACAUUUCUGCGACACCUGCCACGAUGACUUCCAACGUUUAACCAACAUCCCGAAGAAUAAACUUCCACGCUGCCCAGCUGGACCCAAAGCAAAGCAGCUCCUUGGGGAGGAUUGUCCAUUGCACAUUGCCCAUCCAGCCACAGGAGAGGAAUUUGCCCUCGGCUGUGGUAUUUGCCGCAAUGCACAGACUUUCUAGUCCUCACCCCGCGAUCGGUAAGUCCUCUUUGACACUUUCCUCUCUCUCCCUAUUAUGCUCCUUCUGUCCCCAAAUAAAAGCCAUUCGAGGCUCCAACAGUAGAGGCAUUAAUUUUUAAGUACUUAUAAAUUAUUCUAAAAUAGAAAGGAACUUAACUUAUUUACUCACAGAUGCAUUUUACCCAAAAACAAACACCCCUUCCUACUCUCUUAACUAGAAAAAAAACAGGAGGGGUGGUAGAUCCUUAAUAAAAGUAAUCUUUAAAAGUAAUGAUUAUAAUUAAAUGGACUCUGUCUGUAGUAUUAUUGUGCUUUGAUCAGAAUUAUUGCAUUUAUUUGCACCAUCUUACCAAAAAAAAGAACUCGUUGCACUCCAAAAUAAACUUAAUUAUUAAUAUUUUAAAUUAAUCGGUAGUCACAAGAAUUUAAAAUUAAAAAAAAAUGUUAUGUAGUCAAUGUGAACAAGAUAAAACUGAUUUUUGAGAUUAAAAUUUCGCAAAGAAAUGAACAAGUCAGAAAAUUGAGAUUAAAGUAAAAUUUUAAAAUAAAUAUAUUUAAAACACUGUAAAAAAAAUAA